CAGAGAUGCAUAAGAGCUACGCACGUGUUAAAAGGUACACAAGAAUGUAAAACUUUAAAAUCAGUACUGUAUGGUGCUCCAGCAUCUGGUCUAUAGUUUGAGUUCCGUUUUCAGUUGCGUUCUGGCAAGUCACAACUCGCGUUUUAUUCUUGGCCGCACUAAAGUACUUGUAAAGUAAAACGGGACUGCCGAUAUCGGAUAAAAGUGUUAAGAGUGCACUGCUGUUUGCUGUAACUGAAGGCUUCUCUUCCAUCCAAGAGUCACUCUGUCUCUGGGUGAUUCAACUUCACAGACUUUUAUGAAUACCGGUAAGCAGCAGAAGCCAGUGCUUACAGGCCAGCGGUUUAAGACCAGGAAAAGGGAUGAAAAGGAGAAGUUUGAGCCUAUGGUUUUCCGAGACACGAUUAUUCAAGGCCUCAACGAAGCGGGGAGUGAUCUUGAUGGUGUAGCCAAGUUCCUGGAUGUUACUGGUUCAAGACUGGACUACCGUCGCUAUGCUGACACCCUGUUUGACAUCCUCAUUGCUGGCAGCAUGUUGGCUCCUGGUGGAACACGCAUCGAUGACGGCGACAAGGCCAAGGUGACCGAGCACUGUGUGUUUACUGCUGAGGAGGAUCAUGCUGCAGUUCACAGCUAUGCUCAGGUUUUCAAUAAACUUAUCAGGAGAUACAAGUAUCUUGAAAAAGCAUUUGAGGAGGAAAUCAAAAAGCUUCUUCUAUUCUUGAAGGCCUUUAGUGAGUCUGAACAGACCAAACUGGCCAUGCUGACAGGCAUCCUAUUGGCUACCGGCACACUGCCACCACCCAUCCUCACAAGCCUCUUCAGUGAUAAUAUAGUAAAGGAAGGUAUUGCUGCUUCCUUUGCAGUGAAGCUGUUCAAGGCAUGGAUAGCUGAGAGAGAUGCCAACGCAGUGACUUCAGCCUUACGAAAGGCCAACCUAGAUAAGAAGCUCCUGGAACUGUUCCCAGCCAACAAACAGAAUGUGGAGCACUUCUCAAACUACUUUAAUGACGCUGGCCUGAGGGAGCUGUCAGACUUCUUGCGUGUGCAGCAGUCUUUGGGCACCCGCAAGGAACUGCAGAAAGAACUGCAAGAGCGAUUGUCUCAAGAGUGCCCCAUCAGAGAGAUCAUGGUGUACGUGAAGGAUGAGAUGAAAAGGAAUGAGCUGCAGGAGCAGGCUGUGAUUGGCUUGCUGUGGUCCUGCCUUAUGAAUGCAGUGGAGUGGAACAAGAAAGAAGAGCUUGUCACUGAGCAGGCCCUCAAACACCUAAAGCACUAUGCUCCUCUGCUGGCUAUGUUCAGCACUCAGGGCCAGUCAGAACUGGUCUUGCUACUCAAGAUUCAGGAGUAUUGCUACGACAACAUUCACUUCAUGAAAUCCUUUUCUAAGAUAGUGGUGCUGUUCUACAAAGCUGAUGUCCUAAGUGAGGAAGCCAUUUUGAAAUGGUACAAAGAUGCUCAUGCUGCCAAAGGGAAAAGCAUCUUUCUAGAGCAAAUGAAGACGUUUGUAGAGUGGCUUCAAAAUGCAGAGGAGGAGUCGGAGUCAGAAAGGGAGGAAGAUUAGCAGCUGGAAUUCUGAAGAGCUCUUUGACAACAGUCUCCUUUCUGUGGCCAGCCUGUGUAGUACACUGUAGUCUCCAUGUCAUUGCGUAUUGCCUAGUGAAAAGUAUUCUAGACCCUCAAACACAACCCAGGGAAAAGCCAUUGACCUCUUAGCAUUGCAUAAUGAGAUCGCAGACAGCCUUUAAACCUGCCUCUUACAUGCGCACGCACACACACUCACUCUUUACUAAUGCAGUUCAGGUACUGUUUGAAUCCUCUGCAGUAAUAUUCAUUUUAUCUAAAUCUCUUCUGUAUGUAUGCCAUCGCUUUUUAAUAAAAUGUUUUAUAUCUAC